AUGUGCAAAAAUAGCAUUGACAUCAUGCAUCGGACGCUUCGAACUCGUGCCUGGGAUCGAUCUAAUUGAGGCAGAUUUAGGGGCUUGGGGUUGGACAUAAAACAAUUUCUAGAUUCCAGACAUGGAUACUGGUGAAAGUAUAGACAAGUGGCAGAAAAGAUGGGAUGAUGGACACAUCGGAUUUCACAAAGGAAAAGUUCAUGAAAUGCUGUCUUCAUUUGUAGACCAGCUGACGUAUGGCAAGGAUAAGCGCAGGAUUUUCAUUCCACUUUGUGGCAAGACAAUUGACAUCGUAUGGUUGUGGGAGCGAGGUCAUGAGGUUGUUGGAGUUGAAGCCAUUGAAGAUGCUGUGAUAGUCUUCUUCAAGGAGCAGAGUAUGAAAUACACAGUGAUGGAAGUAUCAGGGAUACAGGGCGCUAAACUCUAUCAGAGUGAGGACAGCAGGAUAAAGAUAUACUGUUGUAAUCUCUUUGAAUUAAACAGUACUAUUAUUGGUAAAUUUCAUGCUAUUUGGGAUAGAGGAUCUCUUGUCGCCAUUGGGCCUUGUGAUAGAGUGAAGUAUGCUGCAUUGAUGUCUUCAUUAAUUGAGGAAGGAGGAAGGAUCCUUCUAGAGUCGUAUCUCUAUGACAAGGAACAAUUCAAGUGGAAAAAUCACUCGCCAUUCACACUCAAUGAGGAUGAUAUAAAAGCAUUGUAUGAGCCAAAAGCCCAGGUGCAGCUGCUGAAUAAGCGCGAUGUUCUCUACGAUGUAUUUAGACAAGCUGGAUUAGAAUACAUGUUUGCUAUCACCUUACUGCUAACCUUCAACUGUUCGAAGUGAUGAUUUAGGUAUUGGUAGAAGCGAAGACGAUACAGGCCAAAUUGAAUACGACAAUAUCCUUCUAGUGAUGAUUAAGGUGCCAAAAAUUGGUAGUUUACCAUUUGAUCAAAUUGAUCUGAAUGAAUAUGUGUAAACAUAAUCAGGAAUUCAAUCAAGUUUCAUGUUAACAUAUGUUAAAAGAGUGUUGAAAACUCAUACUGUUAAUGUUUCCAUGAGAACUAGUUUGUUGCAUUGCCAAGUAUCUUCUCUAUUCAUUGAUGGAUCUUGAUGACUACACUAAAAAGAGUCAUGCAAAAGUAUACAAAAACAUUUAGGCAUGAGCGUGAUAGUGCAAGAGUUUGCCUGAGGUGAAAGAAGGAUGCUCUUUUCAACAGGGUUAUGCCUUGUUGAAUGAUAAUAAUGAGGUGGAAUAAAGUUUCUGUAUUGAGGUCCACGUGCAACAUAUUGGAUUCAGGCCAGCAGGUUACAUUUUUCUAAUACUGAUUUUGUUUGUUUCAUCUUUAUUAAUCAAAAUAAUUUUCACAUUCAACCCAGGUCCAUGACACAUCACAAUGACAAUAUACAUGUACCAUUGGCAAAUACACUUACAUUUUUAAAGAAAUGAAAAAUUGAAAGGUUCAAAUUAAUUAAAAAACAUGGCGAAGCAUCUGGAAUCAGUUAUCUUGCAGGUGAUGCUCAACAUCAUAAAAAUGAUAUAGAUAGAGUUGCCCUUUUCAAAAUGAAAUUUUCCGAUCAAAGUAUAUCAAACGUUGAUGCUAUAAGGAAAAGUACAAGAAUGCAAUAUCUUUUGUAGUGUUUGAAAUGUUUUUUAGAUUGUCCUCUGAUGAUAUGAGUUUGGUUAUUCUUUUACGAUUGGUGGCUUUCAGAAGGGCGAUCAUCUUUCCAUCGCUAGUCCAGGCUUGCUCAACAUAAUUUUAUUCGUAUUUUUUUCGAAACAAUUCAAGCUUUCUUGGGAUUGGGUCUUCUGUGAUACUGAUAACUGUGUUUUAAGGCUUUCCUUUUGGUGAUCACAAAUUGACGAACUCUGGAACUGGUGAAUUUGUCAAGUAUCGGACAUUGAUAAACUUUCAUGGUCAUGUUUCCCCCUGACGUAUGUGUUUGAUUUGGCUUUUCAGGUUAUUCACAUGGACCAACUCGUAACAUGGCUUUCAGUGCUGCUCUAUUCUCUUCUGAGAUGUGGCCUUGUGUAUAUUUGUAUCCAGGUUGUCUAAAGUUGUUUACUAAGGGUGUGUACUUCUUUGGCUUGUAACGGUGACUGACAGUAAUCAAACAUUAAAAAUGUUUGUAGUUAUAUUUAUUUGUUAUUACAAGGUGCAUAUAGUAUACAUAUACAGAUAUAUCAAGCUUUGAGAAAGUAAAGUGGGAAUUAUUAAUCCUCAGUUGGUCUGGCAAUUACUAUUUUUUCCCAAGGGGCGAUUCCAGGGGGGGGGGGGGGCGAUAGUAAUAUUAGCAGUCCAACCGAGGAUUAAUAAUUACCACUAUACUUUCCAAGGGAACACCUGAUAUAUUUGUAUACUAUAUGCACCUUGUAAAUAACAUAUAAAUAUAAUUACAAAUACUUAUAAGGAUUUUAAUAAUCUUACUCAGGAGAUUUGUUUCAUGAUGAGUUGAAGUGUGAUUUGGAUUGAAAUGAUAAUGUCUUGGGUCUUAUUUCUUCUUUAUACUAAGACCUCAGCGUAACUAUUUUCAAAUUUUGACCUGCUGUUGCUUAUCUUUAUAUCUUCUUAAAGUUUCACUCAAGAUAUAAAUGUGCAGGCUAAUGUUAGCUAUAUCGGAUCUUAACUCAUCUUGUUAUGCUUAUUCACAAUCUAAUUAUCCUGUAUGAAUUUGUUGAAUAAAACGUAUCAAAACUCUUGAUGAUCAAAAGACUGCCGUAACAGAAUCCUAUUUUCUGCAUGAUGAAUUAUAGACUAUAGACCCAAUUCUACAUUGACUUUUCAGUUAGAAGUUUGAUGCAAGCGCUGCCCUUGCAUUUCUUGACUGAUAGUUUAUCUAGAAUAAUCAUGAAUAUUAGAGGGAUAUGAACAUGAAUAGUAUUUCCUUAAUCUUGGCCAUGUCUUCUCAAGAAUGGAUGAUGAUAGUACAUGCUGUAUCUUCCUUCCGCAGUUAGAUCUUCCCAUUGUAUGUCCAAAGGUACUUGAAGCCUGUCUUCUUCCUUGCCACAUUUACUUCUCCCAACAGAGCUUGAGUUGCAGGCUCAAGAUUUUUGUUUAUAAAUAUCUUCUCAACAUGUGCUCCUUAAAACCCAAUAUACUUCAUUGAAACGCUCCUCUUCUUUCGCCUCCUUUCAUGUACAGUAUUCCUAUAUUGACAAUUCUUGCAUCUGACGAUGAUGGGCCUCGCACUUUGUCAGUCUUUGGGCAUCCAAUGUGAUUAGCGAUAUCAAUUUCCCUUACCGUAAUGGUCUGGUCCAUCUUCUCUGCCACCUUCAGCUUAUUACUGCCGGUUUGUCAUUCACCUGCUCAUUAAUCCCUGUUGUCUCAAGAUUCACUCGACAAUGGUACUGGUUUAAGUCCAAGACUUCACUGCUCAGGUCAUGAACUCUCUUCACCAUUUUUUUGUUGUUUGCUUUCAGCUCCUUAUUCUCAUUUUGAAGUUUCUCUGCCAUAACCUUAAGUUCAUCAUAUUUGUCACUGAGGAAUGACAGUGACUUAAGAAUCCCUGCCUGGCUUUCAUGGACAUCCUGGAGAGCUAGACUCCAAGAGCAGCAGCUUUCCGGUAAGUAUUGAUGACAGCCUUGAUAGUCGUCCUUCAACAACUCUCUUCUCUUGGCUUGAAUCGUCUACAGUAUUUGCCACUGUUUAUCAAGGGUAUCAAAUCUAUACUUAUGUUAAAACCUAUUGUGAAAUAGCCAAAGGCACCAUUAAGCUUGAGAGAUAAAUGUAAUGUGUAGAGGAAGUUGGGGUAAGUUGUGACACUUUUUGCAUUUUGCAUGCUAGAAUUGAUAUGACUAAUAAUAUUGUAAAAAUAAGUACCUUGCCUUUAAAUCGAAAUAUUUUACACCCAUACAACUUUCUACCCCCACACUGAAAGUCAUAGUUACCUUUGAAGAAAACGAUGUCAUAUGGCUCAACUUGCCCCAUCUGUGGGGUAAGUUGUGCCACAUUCUGGGGUAAGUUGAGCCACAAAAACUAUGUACAAAAUGUAUGCGGGAAGAACCUGCAUGUCAAUUUGUUUUAAAAGUCUUCACUUGCUAAUUCUAUAUAAAUACUAACAUCCUCUAAAAGUAAAAGAACUGUCGUGUGAAUUUGUUCCUUUCUGCCUGCAUAUAUGGCUUUUUAAGGUUUUUUUUUUUUCAUUAUACAUUACUAUAAGAAUUACCAUGGCUCAACUUGCCCCAUGUUGGCUGGCUCAAAUUAUCCCAGUCCGAAGUUCAUGCAAUAUUUUCACAUCCACACAUUUCUUAAACAUCCAUCAUGUAAAAGACUAUGACAAGAAUGAGAAUCCAUACCUGGACUAACAAUAUUGUUCUUAUUUCUUUAUUGUAUUUAAAGAUGUGUGUGGGUGAAAAGCACUGAUCUAUUUCAAACCCUUUUUUUACUUUUUGGCUGAACUUUGUAUUUUCCCCCCUAAAAAAGUAAUUUUGUUUCAAAGUUGAAAACAAUGUGGUGGGGUUAAGGGUUAUGUAAUGGGUCAUCAAUACAUGCCACCACCAUAAUGUCUGACGCAUUCAUUAUUGGCCUGGGGGUGGUGGCUCAACUUGCCCCUAUGCUCAACUUACCCUCCUUUCCCUACUGCUUAUUGCCUCUGUAAUACACUUUCCAUCCCAUUGAGGGACAGUUCUUCAAGUAAUUGUUGAAUUUGUAUUUUUGGUAGAGCAGCAUCAGAAUAUGCCCAGUAUGCACAGAAUCACCAUUGAAGAAAUUGAAAGCAUUUUGUUCCCUCUAGGAAAUUAAUUUUAUUUGUUCAUUUUUAUCAACUUUUUUUUCAGUGUAUGCACCCAUUUCAAAUAAAACAAACAGAUCAUAUACCAAACUUGGAUUAAGAGUUGAUACAUUUGAUGUAUCCCUAUAUUUACAUCAAUAUUAAUCAGUACUAGUAUAAUUUUUUUUUUAACUUUCAAAAAUGUGUAUUCAUUUAUUUUGGAGGCUUGAUUAUGAAAAAGUUGAAGGAUGUUGUGCUUUAUAAAAUCUUUACAAUAUAUCCUGUGUCCAUUUCGUAAAGACAUGAUAAUUGUAACAUUGCUGUUAUAGUAACUACAAUGGAAUCUUGAUUCUGAUAGGCUACUCAGUUAUGUUACCAUGGUAGUUACAAUAACCAAUUUUUUUUUAAUGAUACUUGCUCCUGAUCAUUAAUUCUUGCCAUGAUUCACAUCUGAUAUGCACAGAUGUGGUGUAUUGUCAUCAUAAAUUACUUGCCUUUAAAUUUUUUUAGUAUGUAUGGAAAAAUGAUUUUCAUAUACUGUCAGAGUGAAUAUCUAUUAUAUUUUGUAUUCAGUUUUGAUUAUAGAUUACCAAGACAUUUUGUCUUUGUGCCAUUGAAGUGCUUGAAAUAAACUACUAAAAUUAGUUGUGUCAUUGUGUUAAAACUGCUUAUUUUCAAAUGCAUGUGUGUGUAAAACACCAUUAUUGAAAUUUAUUGUUCAUGCUGUAAAAUUAUAGAAGACAUAUGAAAUAAAACAAUUACAUAGUAAUUUACAAACAUACUUAACAAAGGAAGUAAAAGUUGUCCAGGUCCUGGCACAUUACUGCCGAGGCAGGACAUACAGUAUCAAUCAAUACAAGAUAGAAUAGAGAACAGAAUAACAUAUCAUAGCAAAGAACUUGAAUGCGAUUACAUUCUAUACUAUAGUUAAAUAAAUAAAUCAUGUAAACAAGUAACAAUAUAAACAAGCGAAUUACUCUUUUUUUAUACAAAAUAGUUAUUAAUUUUAUUGGUAUUAUUCAUGGUCUUUAUCAUCGUCGUCAUUAUUGUUUAUUUGCAUCACUGCUAUUAUUAAUAUUUCUUCUACAUUUUGUCUCAAUUUCCAGGUAAUCUAUGUUGUCUUAUAUCCACUUGGUCUAAUACCACUUGGUCGACAUCAUAAGAUGAACUGUGUAUGAGUCAAAUCUUCAAUUUGAAUAAGUGCAAAAUAAUUGCAUAUUGUAGAGUAAGUGGACAUAAGACCGAAUGAGAUUUAAACUGAGUGGAUAUUAGACCAAGUGCAGUGUAGACCAAAUGACAAUUAGACCAAACUGACAGUAUACCAAAUGGGUUUAGCCCACGUGGUGUAUUAGACUAUCUGAGCAUUAGACCAACUAGUACUUAUAGACCAAGUAUUAAACACUUAAUAGUAUACACAAGACAUGGAACAAGCUGGUGAAAAACAAUGGAUACUUUUAGCCAGGCCCAUCAAAUAUUGUCAUAAACUGGUACUGUAUUCAUAAUAAAUGAAUAAAAUCUCUUAUAAUUAUAUUUG